AUGCCAAAUAUUGUUACAAGUCUACCGUUGGAUGUGGAUGACCUAUCUGACACGUUGAAAAUUAUUUUCAUCGGUGCACACACGCCAGAUCGAGUCCAGUUACUAAAUGAGGCAAAUAUCACAAAAUUACCUGAAGACGACGUUCCGGAAAGCAUAUGGACUACUUUAGAGAGGAUAGAGAAUACUCAUGACGGAAAUGCAGAACGAACUGGAUUUACCGAUGAUCCGUUGUCGCGAGCUGUAGACCACAAUGAGAAGAAUACCGAGAAUAUUUGUGGAAUAAAUCCUAGUGCUGUGUUGGAUGCUAAUGGAACAAUGGUCUCGUCGGAAGAUAUCGGCGUACACUUACUGCGUAAAGUUCACAAGGGUUUGACCAAUGUGUCGUCUGAUAUGCUCAGUAAAUCCAAUGAGGAUGAAGACGAUGUCUAUAUGAUCCCAAGAUCCAACAUGCCAAUCAACGAUUGCUUCAAUCCAGAGCUGUUUCUCGGCUUGUACCCAACCCUUUUCCCUUAUGGUUAUGGCGCACCUCAGGAUUCAUCAAGACCAGUUGCGGUGACACUGGAGCAACAUAUCCGUUAUUUAUUAGCAUACGAUGAUCAACGUUUUGAAAAGCAUCAUUCAUUUAUGUUUGUUAUUUUCAAUAUAAUGCAAAGACGACAAGCCUGUUGGAAUGCAACUCUCAUGGCUUCUCGACCCUAUUUUCAAAAUGCUGCUAACGAUCUUCAAACUCUGACAAGUGGAGAAAUCGAGGCUGCUUUGAUGGCCAUUAGCAAGAACACAUUUUCUGCUGUAGAAAAUCCACGAAUUAAUAUGAUUAUGAGACAAAUCAAAACCGUAGGUGGAAAUGUUAUGGGCUCUGCCUAUUCACGAGCAGCUCUUCGCACUCAGAUUCAUGCACUAAUCUUCAACCAGGGUUUACCCAGCAUAUUUAUGACAAUAAAUCCUGCUGACAUUCACAGUCGUGUUACUCUCUAUUUCGCCGGUGUUGACCUUGAUCUCGAUAAAAUUAUACCGGAAACAAUUCCAUCAACAUACGAGCGUGCUCAGAUUGUAGCUUCGCAUCCAGUGGCUACGGCUCGUUUUUUCAAUGUUCUCAUUUCUUCUAUUCUCAAGUGCAUGAUUGAAAAGGGUGUACUGGGUCCUAUUAAAGCUUACUUCGGUACAGUUGAAAACCAAGGAAGAGGCUCAUUACAUUUACAUAUUCUGAUGUGGCUUGAUCACGGUCUAACACCUUCUCAGUUAAAAAAAUCCGUUCAAAACGAAGAUUUUCGUCGUGGCCUUCUUAAAUACCUAGAAGAUAUCAUCAAGCAAGAUCUGAUUCUUGGACAACGGCAGCUACCAGCUUCAGAAUCCAGUGUGAAUGAAAGUGGUUCUAUAAAGCUUGUGCCAUCAAUCAUGCCAACACCAAAACCAUCAAUGCCAGAUUUUGUCUUCAAGUUCAAAGAUGACAUUGUACAGCUAGUAAAGGCCCAUAAUAUCCAUCACCACACCGCCACCUGCUAUAAAUAUUCGAAAAAAUCCGAUAAUCCUGUAUGUCGUAUGCGGAUGCCACGACGGAUUCAAGAUACAUCAUCAAUUAAUGUUGAAUCUGGUGAAAUUAAAUUAAAGAGGCUUCACGAAACAAUCAAUAACUUUAACGAAUAUAUUAUCAGUGCUUGCCGUUCCAACAUGGACAUCAAGUAUAUUUUCAGUGGCAGUGAUGCGAAGGCAUUAGUGUAUUAUAUCACAGAUUAUGUUACAAAAUCCAGUCUCUCCUUUCAUGAUACAUUUUCAUUAGUACUAAAAGCUGUUCAGUCUUUCGAGAAGCAGAAAAUUAGUACAGAUGUCAAUGUGAGUGUAGAGGAAAAAUCGCGUCGACUCGUACUACGCUGUUAUAACACACUUGCAUCGCAGCAGGAACUAUCUGGGGUGCAAGUGGCUUCUUAUCUUAUGGGUUGGCCUGAUCAUUAUACAACGCAUGACUUUGUCAAUCUAUUUCUCAUUGGCAUUGAAAACUAUUUACAAUCGACGCUACUGGAAGCUAGAAUCAAAGAACAGCGGCAAACAACAAAAUCCAGUGUGAAUGAAAGUGGUUCUCUAAAGCUUGUGUCAUCAAUCAUGCCAACACCAAAACCAUCAAUGCCAGAUUUUGUCUUCAAGUUCAAAGAUGACAUUGUACAGCUAGUAAAGGCCCAUAAUAUCCAUCACCACACCGCCACCUGCUAUAAAUAUUCGAAAAAAUCCGAUAAUCCUGUAUGUCGUAUGCGGAUGCCACGACGGAUUCAGGAUGCAUCAUCAAUUAAUGUUGAAUCUGGUGAAAUUAAAUUGAAGAGACUUCACGAAACAAUUAAUAACUUUAACGAAUAUAUUAUCAGUGCUUGCCGUUCCAACAUGGACAUCAAGUAUAUUUUCAGUGGCAGUGAUGCGAAGGCAUUAGUGUAUUAUAUCACAGAUUAUGUUACAAAAUCUAGUCUCUCAUUCCAUGACACAUUUUCACUAGUACUAAAAGCUGUUCAGUCCUUCGAAAAGCAGAAAAUUAGUACAGAUGUCAAUGUUAACGUAGAGGAAAAAUCGCGUCGACUCGUACUACGCUGCUAUAAUACACUUGCAUCGCAGCAAGAAUUAUCUGGAGUGCAAGUGGCUUCUUAUCUUAUGGGUUGGCCUGAUCAUUAUACAACGCAUGACUUUGUCAACCUGUUUCUCAUUGGUAUUGAAAAUUAUUUACAAUCGACGCUACUGGAAGCUAGAAUCAAAGAGCAGCGGCAAGCAACAAAUACAGCAGAUGCUGACACUGACGAAAACUGGUUUGAAGUCGAAGAACAAUUUUUAAUUCAACCCACUGACACAGCCAACAACUUAUAUCGAAAAAAACUCAUUGACGCCAAGGAUCGAAAAAUACUAGAAGCUCUAUUACGAUCGGAAAGUAUUCAGGCAAAAAAAAUACAACGCGGUCGACCACCGUCCGAAAGAGAAACCUUCCAAGUUGGCCAUCCGCAAUCUGCCUCACAUUUAAACAUAAAACGAAUAAAAACAGUCGUCCCAGUUCUGCUUGGUGCACCAAUACCUCGUAAAGAUCGAGAAGAUACAAGCGAACGUUACUGUCGGUCCAUCCUCACACUCUUCCUGCCUUGGCGGACAUUUCAAGAUUUAUGUCAUGUUGAUCAAUCAUGGGAAGAGGCAUUUAAUGGUCACCAGGAAAAAAUUUCGCCGUCAUCAUGGGAAAUCAUCAAUAACAUCCAACUACUUCAGGAAUGUAAAACUGAUCGGGAUGAGCAUCUACAGCAGGUAAUUGAAGCUGUACAAACUGAAACGAGCGGCAACGAAUACUAUUCCCAUCACGUUGAAAGUGAUAGUGAAGACGAAAAUACCGAAGUUCUUGACAUUUUGGAAGCCAUUGACAUAACCGACAUUCCUGUUGUGAAUGGCAAUACAAACAAAGUAGAGCAUACAUACUUCGAAAAAAUAGUGAAGGCGGUCGAUCGAGCGAAUCGAUUUGCCAAUAUUCAAAAUUCUCACGUCAACGCAACAAAUCGUUUCACAUAUUUAUCCAAAGUCGAUAAAGAAAUUUUAUAUGACCAUGAACAUAUAGUGCCUGCAACUAGUGAAUUAAUUCAAUUGAAUAACACAUGGCAACGCAAGAUUAAAGAGCAAAAAGAGCGAAUACGAAACGCGUGCAUAGGUGAACGUCUGCAAGAAGAUCAUAUCGAGAAUACUGACAAUGCUGACAAUGGAUUGGUUCCGCCUAUCGAAGAUAAUAUAUCUUCAGAUCUCAAUAAUAACAACGAGACCUACAGUUCAACAAAUAUUAUACCAGCUACUAAAAUUGCUGUACCCAAUGAAAUAACACGCGAGAAUAUAGCAGCACAAUUUACAUUAAACAAGAAUCAAAAGGCUGCGUUUAUGAUUAUUACUGGUCAUCUAGAUGGAUUGGAUGUACUAAACGAAGGUGAUAAACAACAGCAAUUGAUUAUGUGUGUGCCCGGCUGUGGCGGCACAGGAAAAUCUCAGUUGAUUCGUGCUGUAACUGCCUAUUUUACACAAACAAACCGUACACAUAAAUUGAGAAAACUUGCACCAACGUCGGUUGCUGCGGCAGAGAUUGAAGGGAUGACAAUUCAUUCCUUUCUUGGCGAAGGACGCAAUCGGAAAAGUAAAUCAAAAGCGAUGAAUCGUCCUGGGCAAAUAACAUUAGAAAAUGCAUGGCGUUUCGUUGAGUACCUCAUUCUUGAUGAAAUGUCAAUGGUCGGUCUCAGUUUAUUGGCUCGUUUGAACAAACUUGUCGCAACAGCUAAACAUUGUGAUCCUAUGUCUACGAUGGGUGGUAUAAAUAUCAUUUUUUUUGGUGACUAUAUUCAAUACUCUCCAGUAUUUGACAAGCCACUUUAUUACAAUUUUACUUCUGCAAUGAAUGACGGUACACAAAAAAGCAGGAGGAUACCUACUGAAAAUGAUAUUCAACAAAGGAGUGCUCGAGCAUUGGUCUUACAGAUAAACUGCGUUGUUAUGCUGGAGGAACAGAUGAGAACGAAAGACUUGGCUUAUAGAGCUCUGCUGAACAGAGUCCGUUAUGGUGAAGGCACAUAUGAAGACUGGCAGCUACUUCGAACGCGUGUAAUUGGUAUAGAGCUUCACAUUUCUCUUAAUGAUCCACCAUGGAACGAGGCUCCAAUUCUUGUUUACCGAAAUGAACUUCGAACAGAACUGAACAAUCGGGCCGUUAUCAACAAAGCAUAUGAAAUGGGUCGAGUACCGACCGUUGUGAUUGCCACCGAUACAAUAAAAGCCAAGAAACAUGUCGAUUUGCCCGACUUGAAAAAACGUCUUCUUGCUCUGCCCGACAACAAAACCGAACAUUUGCCUGGCUAUCUGCCUCUUGUACCAGGUAUGCCUGUAUUAUUGCAAGAAAAUAUUGCUUGUGAACUUGGUCUAUCAAAUGCCACACAAGGUAUCUUCCGCGAGUUAAUUUAUGAUCACAUGUCAGAACGCACUACCGGCUCGAAUGAAGAAGCGUUUACGUCUGACACUGUCUUUAUACGUAAUGCUCAAUAUGCUUUGGUGGAAAUAGCGAAGUCCAAAAUCAGUCAACUAGAUUCACUCGAACCACUCGUCGUCCCUAUUCCUGUAAUUGAGAAAACAUUCGAUGUCGAUCUUGAGAAACUGUAUAGUGAUAAAGGAGCCGCGAUGAAGCUGUUCAAGAAUAGAAAGAUUAAAGCUAGCGUAUCUGUGAAAAGAAAAGCAUUACCACUUAUACCAGCCUACUCCAUUACAACUCACAAAAGUCAAGGUCAAACACUGCCAAAAAUAGUCAUUGACUUGAAUAUGCCACCUGGAACGGUUGAAGUAGCUUCGGCUUAUGUACCACUAUCACGGGUGCAACGGCUCUCAGAUCUUGUAAUUUUACAGGAUUUUAGCAUGCCUGUAUUAUUGCAAGAAAAUAUUGCUUGUGAACUUGGCCUGUCUAAUGGUGCGCAAGGUAUCUUCCGCGAAUUAAUCUAUCAUCGCGUGUCAGAACCUACAACCGGCACCAAUGAAGAAGCUUUUACGCCUGACACUGUAUUUAUACGUAAUGCUCAAUAUGCUUUGGUGGAAAUAGCGAAAUCCAAAAUAAGUAAACUAGGUUCGCUCGAACCGCUCGUUGUUCCUAUUCCAAUAAUUGAGAAAACAUUCGAUGUCGAUCUUGAGAAACUGUAUAGUGAUAAAGGAGCCAUGAUGAAAUUGUUCAAGGAUAGAAAGCUUAAGGCUAGCAUAUCUGUGAAAAGAAAAGCAUUACCACUUAUACCAGCUUACUCCAUUACAACUCAUAAAAGUCAAGGUCAAACACUGCCGAAAAUAGUCAUUGACUUGAAUAUGCCGCCUGGAAUGGUUGAAGUAGCAUCGGCUUAUGUACCACUAUCCCGAGUACAACGGCUCUCAGAUCUUGUAAUUUUACAGGAUUUUAGUAUUGACGCUCUGCGCGUAAAACCGUCGAAAGGCCAGAUCGCUGAACUUAAUAGAUUAGCUACCAUUUUCGAACGAACAAAACAACAUUAUUCUCAUUACUUCGCAUGA